AGCGUGUUCACGCACGGGGCUUCCCCCAUACUUACUGUCAGUGUCUCCUGGAUCUAACCUGAAUGACCAUGGCACAGCUGGGAGUAGUGGUUGGAGUGGCGAGUGUUCUAGUUGCUCUGAUUUUGCAUUCAUCCAUACAUAAAGUGGAAGAAGGACACUUGGCUGUGUACUACAGGGGAGGAGCACUGCUAAGUAACCCCAGUGGACCAGGUUAUCACAUCAUGCUCCCUUUCAUCACAUCUUUUCGAUCAGUGCAGACAACUUUACAAACUGACGAGGUGAAAAAUGUACCCUGUGGUACCAGUGGGGGUGUAAUGAUCUACUUUGACAGAAUUGAAGUGGUGAAUAUGCUGACUCCUUCUGCAGUAUAUGAUGUCGUCAGGAACUACACAGCAGAUUAUGACAAAACUUUAAUCUUCAACAAGAUCCACCAUGAACUAAAUCAGUUCUGCAGUGCACACACCUUGCAGGAAGUGUACAUUGAACUGUUUGAUCAGAUAGAUGAGAACCUGAAACUAUCACUUCAGAAAGAACUCAAUUUCAUGGCUCCUGGGCUCACAAUACAGGCAGUACGUGUUACAAAACCAAAAAUUCCAGAAACUAUUCGAAGAAACUUUGAAUUAAUGGAGGGUGAAAAGACCAAGCUUUUGAUAGCUGCACAGAGGCAAAAGGUAGUGGAGAAGGAAGCUGAGACUGAGAGGAAAAAAGCUGUAAUUGAGGCAGAAAAAGUUGCACAAGUGGCCAAAAUCCAUUUCCAGCAGAAAGUAAUGGAAAAAGAAACUGAGAAGAGAAUUUCUGAGAUUGAAGAUUCUGCUUUUCUUGCUAGAGAGAGAGCAAAAGCUGAUGCUGAAUAUUAUGCUGCUUACAAGCUUGCAGAAUCUAAUAAGUUAAAGCUGACACCAGAGUAUCUUGAACUUAUGAAAUUUCAAGUUAUCUCCACAAACAACAAAAUUUAUUUUGGAAAUGAUAUUCCAAGCAUGUUUCUGGAUUCCUCAUCUCCCAAAGUGCCAUUCAUGCAGCAAUAUAGAGGCCUAACGGAUGAUCAAAGUAAAUCUCACAAGAGUAAAGGCAAGAAACUAUGAAAGUUUAAUAAAGGAAUAUUCAAAACGGCCUUGUGGACCUAUACAGAAGCUGUAGGGAUUUAUCCCAAACAAGCACAAGAGAUCUUGGGAGAGCAACCAUAAAGCAUCAACUGCCACUCAGUAUGCCCCUACCCCACUUUUUUUUUUAAGAUGUUUUCUUCAGCCAGUUUGAUUUGAGCUUCCAAUCCCUUUUUCCAGACAUGAACUUUGGCAUAUUUGAUUGUGGAUGUUAACUGAGACAGUAUGUUGAAACCUGUUGAUCUUUUAAUCUUUCAAUAAGCAGCUGCACUUAAAGCAAACACUGGUUCUUGAUCGUAUGUGCACUACAUUUUUGACAUGAGUCUUUGCGAAUCUAGAGAUUUAUUGAGAAAGGCACUUUCUUGUAACCAUACAUAGGGGAAAGUCUGUAAUUUUUAGGUGAAAUCUAAGAAAGGGGUGUAUUUAUAAGCCGAUGAAGAUAACAUUUCUGCACUACAAUGACAUUCACCUCUUCAGAAAUCAUGUGACUUAAGGACUGUACCUCUGAACAAUGCAGGUGAUGCAACCCUAGGUCUUAACCUAUGAUUUACUUUAUGUAAUGCCCAA